CCCCUUCUCCCCUCUAAUUCUGUACCAUCCUUUCUAUGAGUAUAGUCCUGCCCUCCUGAAAAAAACCAUUGAGAGUUCUAGAUUUGGUAAUAGGAGUAAAGAAUGAAUAAUGUAAACAAGUGUUAAUCUACAUUUAAUUCUUAAUGUCAAUUAAUAAGCGUAACAGUGGCAGCUAACACAAUUCCUGCUCCGUGCUGUUUAAACUGUGUGUGAGCAGUAAGAGAAACCGGUCUUAGACUUUCCGAGGAGAGCGGAUUGUGGGCAGUGUUUAUUACCAGAACUGGAUCUUCUGUUGAGCCUUCUCUGUAGUUAAGGGGUCAGAUUUAGAUGUUCACACAAUACUGCAGCAUAUGUCUAACUUGUUUCUUUUUAAAAAUCAUAGACUUGCUCAGUAAUGAAAGAUCUUCACUACUGCCUGGUCCUUCACCGUGAAGCUGCCGUACAUGGUGACAGGCCUUACAGUGACAUACAUGGUGACAGGCCUUACAGUGACAUACAUGGUGACAGGCCUUACAGUGACGUACAUGGUGACAGGCCUUACAGUGACGUACAUGGUGACAGGCCUUACAGUGACGUACAUGGUGACAGGCCUUACAGUGACGUACAUGGUGACAGGCCUUACAGUGACGUACAUGGUGACAGGCCUUACAGUGACAUACAUGGUGACAGGCCUUACAGUGACAUACAUGGUGACAGGCCUUACAGUGACGUACAUGGUGACAGGCCUUACAGUGACAUACAUGGUGACAGGCCUUACAGUGACGUACAUGGUGACAGGCCUUACAGUGACAUACAUGGUGACAGGCCUUACAGUGACAUACAUGGUGACAGGCCUUACAGUGACAUACAUGGUGACAGGCCUUACAGUGACGUACAUGGUGACAGGCCUUACAGUGACAUACAUGGUGACAGGCCUUACAGUGACGUACAUGGUGACAGGCCUUACAGUGACAUACAUGGUGACAGGCCUUACAGUGACAUACAUGGUGACAGGCCUUACAGUGACGUACAUGGUGACAGGCCUUACACCAGCGUACAUGGUGACAGACCUUACAGUGACGUACAUGGUGACAGGCCUUACAGUGACAUACAUGGUGACAGGCCUUACAGCGACGUACAUGGUGACAGGCCUUACAGCGACGUACAUGGUGACAGGCCUUACAGCGACGUACAUGGUGACAGGCCUUACAGCGACGUACAGGGUGACAGGCCUUACAGCGACGUACAGGGUGACAGGCCUUACAGCGACGUACAGGGUGACAGGCCUUACAGCGACGUACAUGGUGACAGGCCUUACAGCGACGUACAUGGUGACAGGCCUUACAGCGACGUACAUGGUGACAGGCCUUACAGUGACGUACAUGGUGACAGGCCUUACAGCGAUGUACAUGGUGACAGGCCUUACAGCGACGUACAUGGUGACAGGCCUUACAGUGACAUACAUGGUGACAGGCCUUACAGUGACGUACAUGGUGACAGGCCUUACAGUGACGUACAUGGUGACAGGCCUUACAGCGACAUACAUGGUGACAGACCUUACAGUGACGUAUGACGUACAUGGCGACAGCCCUUACAAUGACGUACAUGGCAACAGCCCUUAGAGCGACACAUGUGGUGACAGGCCUUACAGUGACACACGUGGUGACAGGCCUUACAGCGACAUACAUGGUGACAGGCCUUACAGCGUCAUACAUGUUGACAGGCCUUACAGUGACAUACUUGGUGACAGGCCUUACAGCGACGUACGUGGCGACAGCCCUUAGAGCGACACAUGUGGUGACAGGCCUUACAGUGACACAUGUGUUGACAGAUCUUACAGUGACACACGUGGUGACAGGCCUUACAGCGACAUACAUUGUGACAGAUAAUGGCGUAUUUGUAGCUUUUACCCAGUGGGCUAUUUUUUCCCUGUAAGGAUAGAUAGAUCCAGCUGUGUAAGCAGGAGUGACACUUAAGGAAAACUAUAUCAUAGCUUGCCUCUAAUUUUAGAAAUGGAAAGCUACCGUCCUGAGCAGCGAACGGUUUAUAUCCAGACUUUCCUUAAUAGAUCACACUCACAGAUCCUGAUGAUUGGAUUAGGCAGGGCUGUGUUACGUGAUUCCUGGUUUCCAAGAAAACAGAAAUUGUGAACUUUUAUUAUAAGACAUGUUUUGAAAAGUUAGCUACAGGAGACAACACAUUCUCACUGCCGUUAGGAUAGGCUUUUGGUCUUUGGUCCUUUAGGAAGCACAGCUGUAUCUCAGCAGUGCUGGAGCGUGACCCACCCUGGAUGAGGGGUGGAAAAGGGGGUUUGAGCUUCAGUGGCUCUCGUGUGUGUGUGUGUGUGUGUGUGUGUGUGUGUGUGUGUGUGUGUGUGUGUGUGUGUGUGUGUGUGUGUGCUUGCCUCAGCACAUGCGGAAGUCUGAGGACGCUUUGCAGGAUCAGCUCUCUGUUGCUGCCUGCGUGUGGGUCUUGGAGAUCAAGUUCAGGCGCCCGGCUUGCCUUGCCUCAGCCAUGCUCUGCAUUCUUCACAAUGAGUGUAUGAGGUUGAUAAUAUUAAUAUCCCCAUAUUGUAGAUGAGGAGUGUGAGUUAAGUAUUUGCCCAGAAAGUAAUAACCAUGUUCUGUGGUUCAGCACUGUGCAUUAAAUGAUAAUGGGAACGUCCCAUGCGCACAUCCAAGGCGUGUGCACUGCUGUGCAGCUCAGAGGAUUGCAGUGUCUAUGCCCUAAAGUACACCUUGGAACCUUAAGUUCCUGUCUCCUGAGAUUAAACUCCCUGUCAGGUAAGCAGAGGGACUUAAGAGCGACUCAGUUCCUUGUCAUCUGAAAUUACAGUGUAAAUGUCUUAUUAAUAGCUUGCUCUGGAGAAGCUCUCAGCAAACAAGGACUUGGGGAUUCUCAGAAUUGUUUGCCCGUUUAUGAUAAAAAUGUUUACAUCUAGUAGCAUAUUUAGAUGAAAAUUAGAGAAAGUUCAUUGCUUAUGCCAGAGAGAUGACCCAGCAGGACAAAACCCUUGCUGCUCUCCCAGAGGCUCCAGGUUUGGUUCCCAGCUGCCCACGUUGGGUGGCUCUUGACCAUCUGUAAAUGUAAACCCGGCUCCAGGAGGGCUAACCCUGUCUCCUGGCAUAUGGGUAUCCACAGGCAUAUGUCACACACACAUGAAUACAUGGUAAUGACUUUGGGACACAUGUGUU